AUCACGCUUUUGGAAGCAAGCAAAAUCGCUGGUGGCGCAUCAGGCAAGGCUGGCGGGCUUCUAGCCCUAUGGGCCUACCCGAGCUCUAUAGUGCCGUUGAGCUAUCAAUUGCAUAGAGAGUUGGCAAAAGAGCAUGGCGGCGAAGAGAGAUGGGGAUAUCGGACGGUACACUGCGGGCAGGUUGAUUGCACAGGCAGACAACUGCCAGAAAGGAAAGAGGCGACAGCCAACGGUGUUGGGGAGGAUGUGAGUCUGCAGAAGAACCCGCCAAAGGCUAUAGGCAAAUAUGCUGCGGCGGGAGUCCCAAAGGAUCUCGAUUGGGUGGCGCCUGACAGUCUACGAGCGUACGAGGAAAUGGGAGAUCCAACGACUACAGCACAAGUGCAUCCUCUGCUCUUCACGACCAGCAUGGCAGAGCUUGCAAAAGAGAAAGGAGCAGAUGUAAGGGUUGGCGCCAGUGUGAAGAGCAUCAACUACUCCUCAUCCGGAGAUACUGUUGAAAGCGUCACGUAUGAGGCGGAGGGUAAAACGAAGACCAUACCUACAACCGAUGUCGUAAUAGCAGCCGGCCCCUGGACGCGAAGUGUAUACCCAUCGGCCCCCAUUGGCGCAAUGCGAGCCCACAGCGUCACGAUACGACCAUCUCGACAAGUUUCUGCAUACGCCCUGUUCACCCAGAUCAAGCUUCCCUCAAAAUUUCCAUCGACCAAGAAUGCCGGCAACCACUCUGGUCAGAUUGUGAGUCCCGAAAUCUAUGCGCGACCCAAGGACGAAGUCUACGCAUGUGGUGAAGGAGAUCAUGUAGUUCCGCUACCUCCUUCCAGCGAGGAGGUCCAGACGGAUCAAGCACGAUGUCAGGAGAUCAUCGAUUUCGUUUCAAGCAUCAGCGAUGAACUAAGAGAUGGCGAAGUCACAGCACGUCAAGCUUGCUAUCUUCCCUCAGUCAAUGGUAGCAGCGCUCCUCUAGUGGGACCGACUGGUGUGAAUGGAGAGUGGAUGGCCGCCGGCCAUACCUGCUGGGGCAUACAAAAUGGGCCUGGAACUGGGAAGCUCAUCUCCGAAUGCGUGUUUGAUGGUAAGGCAUCAAGCGCGAAGGUCCAGGGCCUCGACCCAAGAAACUACCUG